AGGGAUUCUCUUAACCACGCCUCCCUCUGAGUUCUCGGCCAUAAAAGGUGGCCGACGAAAACGAGCUUCUUCAUGAUUACGUUUCACUAGUUUCCUAAGCUAUACCACUGGCUCUUACAGCAGCCCAAGGUUGCGAUAAAUCUAUAUAGCACCUUCGUUCCUGACUCUCUACUUGGCUACGCCUGCCUUACUCGUUCACUCUGAAACACUCCCUGCUCUAUUCAUCAUGCGCCACAACUCUCAUCCCGCUCGCCGCAAUCCUAAUUUCUCUCGCCGCAAGCCGGUGCCAACCUAUUUACCUUCGCCACAAUCACCAGCCCACUCGCUCACGUCGGCCAGUCGCUCUCCAGCCAGUGGAAACGACAACAAUCUUUCGCAGUUAGUCGAUCCCGAAUGGCAACAGAACAUAGCGAAGAGACUGCACCGUCGACAUGAAGUCGGUCGAAACGCGACGGGCCUCAUAUUUACGGCUGAAUCAUUGACACUCACCUUCACAAACCCUCCACCCGGUUUGGAGGUAGAACAGUUCGUCCCUUCAACUCCCCAACUUCUGAACCCAGUGCCCAGAAUAUCACACGUUUCCUCCCCCCGACCAAACCGGAGGCCCAAGUCAAUACAUAAGACUUACCAUCCUCCUACGCCACCACGUCGUCAAUCUAAAGUACUCGAACAUGAAUUACGCGCGUUCCAUGAAACAUCAUCUUCCGAAGCUUCCCCUAAGAUGCGACAGUUCACCUCGCCUCUUAUUUCCUUAAGUCCUGAUAGCAACCGGUACCCGGACCUCCACCCCAAAGCCACGAUGAUGAGCUCAGGAGAAGAUACAACAAACGCUGUUCAUGGGGCUGGCACUCAUGACGGCCAUAUUUCCACGCGAUUUACCUUCCCAAUGCCUAGGAGGGCCUCCGCAUGUGGUGACAGUGUCCUCUCCCAUCAAAGUCUUGGUGCUGCCUUGAGACAGGCUCGCGGGUGGGGUAGAAUGGUGCGGUGUAAGCUUGGACGACUCUUUGGACUUACCGUGCCUCCCCGCGCGGUAACUUACUGAAACACUCACACUCGGUCAUCCCUUCAUCCGUAGCAGCAUAUUUAUCUCUAUUUGACGCAUCCACCACUCUUUUUUGAUAUACCCAAUGUUGAAGUAGUGUAGCAAUCGCGGACUAAUUUUCAUGUUCAGUAACAUCCAUGCGUAUCAUCAUAUACCGACGUAGCCUAGUAGUAGUAAUUCGUUUACGCCCAUGCGCAUGUAUAGUAUGCUGAAUUGUUUCUUACUCCAG